AUGUCAGGCCAUCAGAAUCCCGGGAAUGCUGUUGCUGGCACCGCUAUCGAAAAUCCCAUUGAUCCCAUUGAUAAAGCGAUCUCUAUGUUAUUGCCGUCUCAGCGUAGCACCGCUGAAGGAUGUUCCCAUGACACGAUCCCCUCCUUCGCUUCGACCUCGACUUUGCCAGGCUUUUUGCCGGCAGCCACCGAGCCUUCCGCUUUUCCAGAACCAGCCUCGGUCGAUGAUUUUCUCUUCGAGCUCGAUGGAGGCAUCGAACCGACACUCAAGCCUCCGCUGCCUGAUGACAUACCUUCUACAACGGCAAUAUCACCUCGUGGCCGACUUAGCGUCCCAUUUUCCCGAACGCCCACUUUAUCAUCCACAAUUGCCCCAUCUGUUGCAUCUUCUACGUCUUUUACAUCGUCCUUAAGGAAGAAAGUCCGAUAUGGGGAUCUUCAAGGGGUGCCGCAUCGAUUUCUCAUCCUCCAUGUCACCCGAGUCGAUGGAAGGGAGUUCUACCUUCGGUUGGAUCGCAGACGGGACCGCCAAGUUCCCUUGUUGUUGUUUGGGGUGCGGGAUUUGGGGACGUCACGCGCGAUAGAUACGGCUGCUGUUUCUGGCAGACUCGACCACCUUCUUGAUUUCACCAACACCAAGUCCGGCAUAGAGGCUGUCAUCGUCUUCCCUACUCCUGCUCCUUUGAUCGCAGCUGCGCAAAUUCUGUACGCAAUCGCAGCGGAAUCUCCUGGUUACAAGCUAACCAAAGAAAAUUGUUGGUUCUUUGCUUCCACCAUUCAGGAAGUCUUGGUGCGGGGUUUCGGGGGGGUGUAUGAGAGAGGGUCGCUUAACCAUCCCACAAUCGGUGCUGGGAAACGAGAUGGCAUUAAAGAUCUGGCAUAUUCACACCUUGAAAAGCAAAUCAAUGACAAGUCGGAGGCAAUUCUUAGAUAUGCCAAUUUAAUUGCAGAAUCAAAGCUGACGCAGGCUAUCAAGUCCGUCCUCGACGCUGUAAAAUAUCACCAUUCUCCUCAUCCACCUGAGGACUCCUUGCUGCACUGCAGCAGGCAUUACACGAACAUCUACAUGGGUACUAUGGGAUUCAAGGAGCACGCAUAUUCUCGAACGGUUUCACUGAGUUAG